AUGUCAUUUGGGAAGCAUUUAUUUCGGCCGUUUCGGGCCGCUGUCCGAGCUCAGUCAACGCAGGCCAAAUCGAGUGUCCAGGAGUUCACAGAGAAGCCACUGCCGUUGGUCCGGCCUUUGUAUUUGGAUGUGCAGUCAACAACACCAAUGGUAAGUCAAAAGAAAGACAUUUUUGAUGUUCUUGAGGGAAAAGAAAAUCAAAAAAUUUUUUUAAUUUUUGGACCUUAAAAGACCUAACAUUAUCUACAAUAACAUGCGAUUUUAAGGACCCUCGAGUGGUUGACGCCAUGCUUCCUUACAUGCUAAAUGACUUUGGCAAUCCGCAUUCAAGAACUCACGCCUAUGGAUGGGAAUCUGAAGCCGCUGUGGAGAAGGCACGGCUCCAAGUUGCCGAAUUAAUAGGCGCAGAUCAUCGAGAAAUCGUAUUCACAUCCGGAGCUACCGAGUCCAACAACUUGGCAAUCAAAGGAGUGGCCAAGUUCUACAAAAACGCCGGCAAAGACCACGUGAUCACAGUGCAAACGGUAGUUUUUCGAUCAGCUUGUCUAGUGUAAUAUAAACCUUUGAUUAUUUUAUGCCGAAUAUAGAGAUUAACCGAGAUUUAUGAUUAAAGGAACACAAGUGUGUCCUGGAUUCGUGCCGAUACUUGGAGAACGAAGGCUUCAAAGUUACUUAUCUUCCAGUCAAAACAAAUGGAAUAAUAGACAUGGAGGAAUUGGACAAAGCCAUCACGGAGAAGACUGCACUGGUCUCGAUUAUGGCUGUGAAUAACGAGAUUGGAGUGCGGCAACCAUUGAAAGAGAUUGGUAAGGGUUUUGGGAACUAUUAUUAUUCGUUAGGACCAAUGAAAAUGGCUGAUGUUUUUUUAUUUGCAUCAUGUUUUAGGUGAACUCUGUCGUAAGAGGGGCGUCAAAUUCCACACUGAUGCUGCCCAAGCCGUUGGGAAGGUAGAUCUAAAUGUUGAUGACCUCAAAAUCGAUCUGAUGUCCAUCAGUGGCCAUAAAAUUUAUGGACCUAAAGGUAAAAUUUUAGUAAAUAUAUCAUAGAGAAAUUGGAGAUCAUGAGUAUUGUAGUUGUUUAGGUGUGGGUGCUCUCUACGUUCGACGACGACCUAGAGUCAGAAUUGAGGCCCAAAUGAGCGGUGGAGGCCAGGAAAGAGGGAUGAGGUCCGGAACUUUGCCCGCUUUCCUCACUGUCGGCCUCGGGGAGGCUUGUUCCAUCGCUCAAAGAGAACAUGACUUUGAUCUAGCACAUGUGAAGAAACUCUCCGAUCUCCUGAUCAACACCAUUAAUGGGGAAUUGGAUAUGGUGAUCAGGAAUGGAGACCCGGAUGCCUGGUAUCCAGGCUGUGUAAAUCUCUCCUUCGCCUACGUGGAAGGGGAAUCUCUCCUCAUGGCCUUGAAGGAUGUGGCUUUGUCUUCGGGGUCGGCUUGCACAUCCGCUUCACUCGAACCAUCGUACGUUUUGAGGGCGAUCGGAGCCGACGAAGACCUGGCCCACUCCUCCAUCAGAUUCGGAAUUGGCCGAUUCACAACUGCUGAGGUAGGUGCAACUGUUUAUAUUAUAGUUUUAUUUAUUAAAUUUGCAUUUCACUGAUUUAUCAUCACAUUUUAGGAAGUUGCUUUUACCGCCCAAAAGUGUAUUAAAGAAGCCAAACGCCUCCGGGAAAUGUCGCCUCUCUGGGAAAUGGUUCAAGAAGGAAUCGACCUCAAGUCAAUCCAAUGGACUCAACACUAA